GUAACAGACAGAAGAGCGAGAGAGGAGGAGAUCCACUCGACUGUUCGCAGAGUUGAAAAGACACAUGAUACUUCUCUCAGAAAGGAUAAAACAUUCGGAAUGUGGACGCAGCUGAAAGCUCAACUUAAAUGAGGAAUAUUAGUUGUGGACAGCUUUGGAUACAGACAGCUAUUCCUGCCUGUUGCACACAGUUGGAUAAACAAGUUCAGCUUCGAUUUUUUGGACGCUCCGGCACAUGACUGAGGAGGACGCCUUCACUCCGUACACGUUCCAGACUCACCAGUUAAAGAUGCAAAAUAGCAUGAACUGCAAUAAGAGCGAUGACUUUAAAUACCCUCUGUACAGCUCGGUUUUCAGCCUGGUUUUUGUAAUUGGACUAAUUCUCAACAUGGUGGCUGUAUAUAUUUUUGGCUGUACAUUGAAGCUGCGAAAUGAGACCACGACAUACAUGAUAAACCUUGUGGUUUCAGACUCUCUCUUUGUUCUCAGCUUGCCUUUUCGGAUCGUUUACUUCAUUAAACGUGAAUGGUUAUUUGGAAGUGUGCUCUGCAAGAUCUCGGUGGCUGUAUUUUACACCAACAUGUAUGGCAGCAUCCUCUUCCUCACCUGCAUCAGUGUUGACCGCUUCCUGGCCAUAGUGCACCCAUUUCGGUCACAGGCUAUCCGCACUAAGAGAAAUGCCAAACUGGCCUGCUGUGUGGUGUGGGUGAUGAUUCUUUCUGGGAGUAUACCCACAGGGUUUCUUUUGGACACCACUUCACCCAAAAAUGCCAACUCCUCCUUCUGCUUUGAAAACUACUCCAAAAAACAGUGGAAGGCUGAGCUGUCCAAGGUGGUGGUGUUAAUUGAGACUGUGGGCUUCAUCAUCCCGUUGAUGGUCAAUGUGUUCUGCUCGGUCAUGGUGCUGCGGACACUAAGGAAACCGCAAACCAUUAGCCGUGGGGGGAACCUCAACAAGACCAAAAUCCUGAGGAUGAUCCUUGUGCAUCUGCUCUUCUUCUGCUUCUGCUUCAUCCCCUACAAUAUCAAUCUCAUCUUCUACGCCCUGGUGCGCUCCAAUAUCCUGAAGGGAUGCUAUGCAGAAUAUGUGGUCAGAGCUAUCAACCCUAUAGCUCUGUGCAUAGCAGUGACCAACUGCUGCUUUGACCCAGUCAUUUACUACUUCACUUCUGAGACCAUUCAGAGCUCCAUCAGACGCAAGACCACAGUGUGGUACAACGGGACUCGGCUAUUCGACCGACUGCAGAUGGACAGCCCGCAAAGCAGCCCAAUCUCCACACCAAAAAGCCUGACGCUGAGGAGUCUCAGGUCAAAAACGUUUGUCAGUGAGUCAACAGUCUAAUGAAGACUCAAUUAUGUGACAUGAUAAAUAAUUCAGGUGAAACUCAAAGGACAUGGGUGGAAACAGAGUGGCCUCAAAGAUUGUAACAACACAAACAACUGUUUCUAAGGAGUCACUCUCUGACCCUGGACACCAAAGAGAGUUGGACUUGGACUCAUGACACUGAGACAAGUCAGACAGCAGAGUGUGUUGCGGCAUAAAUACUGUUUAACUCAUUUACAAUUCCCAACAUAUUUGUGAGAAAACGAGUUGUAAGAAGAAUGUGUAAAGACACUGUACUUGUCCUGUAAUUCCUUAGCUCAGAUUUUAAUGUUGGAAAAUUCUUAAGCAAUGCUGAACCAGUAUUUCUUUUUUUCCUUUUAUAUGAGCUGUGCUGCGGAGUUUAAGUAUUUGUGGCCUCAGCAAGGCUUUUAAGCACUUUAAAUAGCAGUAUGUUCAGAAAGAGCAUGUAUCCAUUAUACUGAAAGAAAAUAAACAGU